GAGCGCCUAGAAGGAAGAAGUAGCCGUUACUUUUUCUUUGUGAAUUCUCAGUAUUCAAUCUUCACGUAGUCAUUCUAACCGUUUCCGGUGACAUAGAGCGGUAUUUUCCCGGCGGCCCUCAUGGAGUCGAACAGAAAAUCCAUCGGAGUUUCGGAAAACAUCGAUCCCAAUACAUCAAGCCCUGGUUCAAAGAUCACCGGCUCUCCUUCGAUCACCACAUCCGCGAUGAAAGCUUCGAAAUCAGCCCAGAAAAGCCCAAAUCCGGCGGAUUUCGGUUCGAAGAUCACCAGUUCUCCAUCAAUCGCCAAUUCAGCGAAGAAAUCAUCAAAAUCGGCUUCUUCUCCCUCGCCGCUGCAGAAGAAGAUUCGGCAGAGGAAGUUCGUGGUGGCCAAGCGGAAUCCGAAGUCGAAGAAGGAGAGCAAUGAUUCUUCGAAAGCGUCACAGCUGGUGGCUUGUAAGUGCGGAAAGGGCGGUGGGAGGAAGUGUUCGUGCGUCGCGUAUGAGUCUCUUAGGGCUUCGCACGAAGAGUUCUUCAAAAGCCUCCGAUCAAUUGGCUGCGAGGAAACUAAUCUGGAGGCGUUGCAGAUGCGCAUUGGGGCGGAGAUCGGAAGUAACGAAUUAGAGGAGGGGAAGAGCAACAAAGACACUGUGGAUGGUUACUGUAAUUUGGAAUCAUCGAACGCACACAAGGUGAUCGGUGAAAUGGGCGUGAAGAGAAGUAGGGACGAGUUGUUAGGAGAUGGUGGGGAGAGGGAGAAUGUGGCUGUGGCUCAACAUAGUUCUGGAAAAGUGAUGAAUCUAGUUCAGGCUUUUGAGAAACUUCUCAAAAUUCCACAUGAUACUGAGGAGGAAGAAGAUCAUAAAAGGGGGUUUAAAUUAGAAUUUUCUAGCCAAAGGGACUGUCCAUCUUCUUCCUUUCACCCAUCAGUUUGUGUACUCACCCGUGAAAGUCUAGGGAUGUGUUCACAGGGCUCACUUUCUUUCGAUAGCAGCCAUGGAAGAACUUCAAGCCAGAUAUCUGAAGGACGAAAGAGUAGGCGUAAUAGUUCGGAAUCGUUUGGGGUUGCUUCUAGAAGGCACCAAAAGAGAAGGCAACUUAAAGCAACCUUCCAGAAGCCAUUCAAUCUUAGAACUGAGCAAAGAGGAAGGUAUAAGGAGGAAGAAUUUCAUAACAAACUAAAGCAGAUGGAGGAAGAAGACAAGAAAAACCGGAUUCCAAUUGCACAAGGUCUUCCAUGGACAACAGAAGAGCCAGAGUGCCUCGUGAAGCCUCCUGUGAAAGAGAGCACAAGGGCAAUUGAUCUCGUACUACACAGCGAUGUGAGGGCUUUAGAUCGAGCAAAGUUCGACCAUAAGGUGGCAGAGAAAUUGAGCUUCAUCGAACAGCAGAAAAUGGAAAGGGAAAGACUACAAAAGUUGGAGGAAGAAGAGGAGAUCCGAAGGCUUAGAAAGGAGCUUGUCCCGAAAGCUCAACCACUGCCUUACUUUGACAGGCCCUUCAUCCCUCGAAGGUCCGAAAAGGCCCUGACUUUUCCGCAAGAACCGAAAUUCCAUAUUCCUCAGCACAAGAAGAUCAAAUGCUGCAAUGUGAGUGAGCAAGGGUUUCAGUUUAGAGGAUCAUGGCUUCAAUUUGAUAGCAAUAGCUAUUGAUCACACUCUCUUAGAGCUAGAGUUUGUGUUGCUUGGAACCAUUGCAUUGGAAAAACAUGAAAACACCACAUAAAGAGCAUUCUUUUUU